CUAUUCAGUUACAACAUUAAGCAAAACUUAUUGAAAGUCUGUUGGUGUGGAGACAUAGUAUUAGGUUAGAAGUAAAUUAUUGAUAUACCGUAUAAAUACUUUUUCGAGGCUUGAUGUUGGUAGUGUUGAUGUGAACGUUAUUUUAACUAUUACUGGCUGGCAUGAAUAAUAAUGAGAAAGUAGUGUGAAAUUCAAGUGUUAAUUUAGAGCACAGUAAUACAGAUAGGGAGCGAAUUAGUGUUCACUAUGACAUCUGCUGUAAUUAGUCAGCCCUUGAGAGAUGGGUUUGUCUUGAUGAAUCGAGCCCGAAGUGCCAUCGUAGCAUGGAGUCGGAACAUGUCCGCAGUGCCAACAACAAAACUCUUCAUCAAUGGAAAGUUUGUGGAAUCCAAAACAAAGGAUUGGAUUGAUGUACACAAUCCAGCAACAAAUGAAGUAGUGACAAGGGUACCAAAAGCUACAGAGGAUGAGAUGCAGCAGGCAGUGACAUCAGCCAAGGAAGCAUUUAAAACGUGGUCUCAGUCGUCAGUUCUUUCCCGACAGCAAGUGAUGUUUCGGUAUCAGGACAUCAUUAGGAAAAACAUGAAAGAAUUGGCCAAAAACAUCACGACAGAACAAGGCAAGACACUGAUUGACGCCGAAGGAGAUGUCUUACGAGGAUUGCAGGUGGUGGAACACUGCUGUGGUGUGACAUCCCUCCAGCUGGGAGAGACCCUGCCUAACAUCAGCAAGGAUUUGGACACUUACUCAUACCGUUUGCCACUCGGUGUAACAGCCGGUAUAACGCCAUUCAACUUCCCAGCCAUGAUUCCGUUAUGGAUGUUUCCUGUUGCCAUUGUCCUGGGUAACACGUCUGUCAUCAAGCCAUCAGAACGGGACCCUGGGGCGUGCAUGAUGCUGAUGGAGAUGCUGAACGAGGCAGGCUGCCCUCCUGGUGUUGUCAAUGUUAUCCAUGGUGCACACGAAGCUGUCAACUUCAUAUGUGAUAACCCGGAUAUCAAAGCCAUCUCAUUUGUGGGAUCUGAUGCAGCGGGAAGGUACAUCUAUGAACGAGGGUCUCACAAUGGAAAGCGCGUUCAGAGCAACAUGGGGGCCAAAAAUCAUGGUGUAGUGAUGCCUGAUGCAAAUAAAGAGCAUACUCUAAACCAGCUGGUUGGGGCUGCGUUUGGAGCAGCAGGACAGCGCUGCAUGGCCCUUAGCACGGCUGUGCUUGUUGGUGAGGCACAGCAGUGGCUGCCAGACCUCAUAGCAAGAGCGCAGACUCUGAAAGUGAAUGCAGGUCAUGUACCAGGCACAGAUUUUGGUCCUGUUAUCUCCGUACAAGCAAAGAAGAAGAUCUGUGAUCUAGUGCAGUCAGGCAUUGAGGAAGGAGCCAAAUGUGUUCUUGAUGGACGCAGUCUUCAAGUGCCUGGCUUCGAGAAGGGCAACUUCAUUGGGCCAACCAUCCUCACAGAUGUCACUCCAAAUAUGAAGUGUUACAAAGAGGAGAUCUUUGGACCUGUUCUGAUCACAUUGAAUGUGGAUACAUUGGAUGCAGCAGUGGAACUUAUCAACAGCAACCCAUAUGGCAAUGGCACCGCCAUCUUUACAACCAAUGGGGCUACUGCUAGGAAGUUCAUUAACACCAUUGAUGUGGGACAGGUUGGAGUGAACGUGCCCAUUCCUGUGCCAUUGCCAAUGUUCUCAUUCACUGGAACACGUGGUUCAUUCCUGGGUGAUGCUCACUUUUAUGGCAAGCAGGGUGUAAACUUCUACACAGAAGUGAAGACGGUGACUCAGAUGUGGCGGGAGAGUGAUGUAUCUCACUCGAAGGCAGCUGUGUCUAUGCCAGUCAUGCAGUGACUGCCUCUGUUCAGACAAGGUUGGCAGAAAGGUUUCCCAAACUGUGCAUACAUUUUUUUUUUACAUAUUCCUUGAGCAAUAUGUUAUUCAGGCAUUUUACAAAAUCAGCUACUUACUUUCAGUAGCAAGUUACAUGAACAGAAAAUGCUUCCUUCUUGAGAAGCCAAUAUUUACUCAGCUGCUGAAGCAAUCGCCUGCAUUUUAUGGAACCCAAAGGUUCAUUACCAUGUUCACAAGCACCUGUCACUGGUCCCUAUCCUGAGCCAGUGGAAUAUAAUCCACACCCUCCAAUCCUAUUUCUUUAAGAUCCAUUUUAAUAUUAUCCUACCACCUAUGUCCAAGACUUCCAAGUUGUUUCUUUUCCCACCUAAACUUUGUAUGAAUUUCUCUCCCAGAAUGAACAGUUCAUGUUAUAGAAUGCCUGAAUUGUACGAAUUGCCUGUAACAGAUAUUAUAAAAACAGUAAUUUGAAUUAUGAAAGUAGGAAGAGAGUACACAUUGUUUUGUGAGACUUAUUGUGAGAGGAAUGAAGGUCAGAAUGAAUUAGUAUUCUCAGUGAUGUAGGGUGAGCAAGAAGAUAGGCUAUGACUGAAGCUGGGAAUUAAUGAUUAUGUGUUCCAGGCUGCAUACACAUUGAAUGGUCAUGAUGUUUCAUGUACUUCUGUUAAAUAAGUUGCAAAUUAACCCAUUCACUGGCAUACCCUUGCACUGGGGUCUUGAACUUCAACUGUUAUUUGAAACAAAUUGAAGACAGGAAGCAAAACACCAUCAACAAUUGCUGUAUAGUUUGACUCUUUCAUGUUCUGAUAAACUACAUUUACAGUUUCUGUGCAUUUGAAUGACAUCUGUAGAAGAGGCAAUAGCCAGUCAUGGCACUGCUGUACAUUAAACUUUAACCUGUCAGGUGAUGGGGUUGGCAGUGCCUGGGUUACAUAGUUGACACAAAAGCAAAUAACAGAAGUUGAUGGCAGAAACAUUAAAUAUUGCAUUUGUUUGUAAGUGUGAAAUUUGAUUUCUUUUGAUUCUAGAUGUUCACUUCUGAGGGAAACACAUCUGGUGAUGUUUUUCAUCACUGGUUCUCUUGACUUUUAUGUCUUUACGAUUCCAAUAUGUGCCACUGAUUUUUUUUGUAUCCAGUUUACAUAUAUUAUCUUGCCAAUUCUUUAUUUCAUAACAAAGAAAUAAUAUCUGUCAGUUUCCAGUUGCUUAUAGACAUCAGUUAUUCUCAUGAGCAUAUUGCUAUAUUUCAUAAUGACAAUCGUUAAAAUAUUAGUUGGAGCUUAAUUCUUAACCAUAGUAACUAAUCAUAUCAUCAUCUUGAACGUAUAAUGAAUUAUUUGAAGUAGCUUUUUGUAAGUAUUAUAGAAAUGUGUUCUAGAUAUAUUAUUAUUUUUAUAAUAAUAUCCAGUUGUAAAGGGAUCUGACAGUAUAUCACACUCAGGAUUAGUGGGUUUUUGGACUGUGUUCAUCAUCUGAUAUUCUGAAUGGAACACAGCAUUUCAGAACAUCGAUCUCUUCUGUCCUUGGGUGAAAAGGUAAGUAGGUGCCUCCCCACCUUUUGAUGUGAGGAUGGACAUGGAUCCAGUUUCUGAAAUGGUGUGUUUUAUUUGGAAUAUCAUAAGAGGUAGAAAGUCCAGAAACACAGAUAUUAUAUGUAUAUAUUUUUGUAUAGUGACUCUCCUUGAGAGAAUAACUGUCCUAAGUGAUAAGUAAAGUGAAGUGUGUUGUGUGUCAUGUAUUA